CGCCUACUUACGUAGAAUCCGUCGUGCUGAUUGGACAACGGCGGCGGUCUCUGAACGCCUUCUUGGCUUCUCAUUGGCCAGCCGCUGCCUUUCGCUCCAGGCUCUCGCGGGGCUGCUGUGCGAAGAUGGCGGCCGAACUGGUAGAAGCGAUGAACAUGGUGAAGAGUUUCCGGGUGUCUGAUCUGCAGACGCUGCUGGCCUCAAUGGGCCGCAGUAAAAGCGGAUUGAAGCAGGACUUAGUGGGAAGAGCUCUUAGGCUUGUGCAGACCGAAUACAGUCCGGAGCUGCUAAAGAACGUUCGACAGCUCUACGAGACGCGCUUCCCCAAAUCCUCGGCCUGGCUGGCGGCCCGGCGGCCUGAGUCCGUGCCCGUAAACUACCCUGCCCUUAACUCCUCGCCCAGAGGCACGGCCCAGGGCACAGACUACCUCAACAACAUCCCCAAGCCAGUGCCGCCUCCUGCAGCAGAAGUCAAAUUGGUGCCGCUGCCAUUCUACCACAACCUAGAAACACUGCUGCCACCCACAGAACUGAUCGCUCAGAACAGCGAGAAGCUGCAAGAGAGUCAUUGCGUGUUUGAGUUGACACAAAGUCAAGUGGAACAGAUCCGGAACUCCAGUGAACUUCGCCCAGGAAUGAAAUCAGUUCAAGUGGUUCUCAGAAUCUGCUACACAGACUCUAUCGGCGUUCAGGAGGACCAGUAUCCUCCCAAUAUUGCUGUGAAAGUGAAUCAGUCCUACUGUCAUGUACCGGGUUACUAUCCCUCCAAUAAACCGGGUGUUGAGCCACGUCGGCCCUGUCGACCCGUCAACAUCACGCCAUGGUUACACCUCUCCACUGCCACUAACAGAGUCACCAUCACAUGGGGCAACUUUGGAAAGCGGUACUCGGUGGCUGUGUACCUGGUGAGGGUGUUCACAUCUGGAGAGCUCUUCAACCAGCUGAAGCAUUGCUCAGUCGAGAGUGCCGAUCGUUGUCGCGAACGCAUUCAAGACAAGUUACGCUUUGAUCCUGAAAGUGAGAUUGCUACUACAGGACUGCGAGUGUCCCUCAUCUGUCCUCUGGUAAAGAUGAGACUUGGAGUGCCAUGUCGAGUGCUCACCUGCGCCCACCUGCAGUGUUUCGACGCUGUCUUCUUUCUGCAAAUGAACGAAAAGAAACCCACAUGGACCUGCCCUGUUUGCGACAAACCUGCGCCCUUUGAGCUUCUAACUAUUGAUGGGUUGCUGUCUGAGAUCCUUAAAGAGACGCCGGAAGAUGUGGAGGAGAUCGAGUAUUUGACUGAUGGCUCAUGGAGGCCAAUCAGGGACGACAAAGAGAAGGAAAGAGAGCGGGAAAACAGCCGCACACCUGACUAUCCUGUGGUGGAUAUAUGUGUUCCUGAGGCGAACGGCCACUCCCCAGCACACAGCGGCACAAACCAGACUGGCAAGCCUGGAUCAGGUGGUGCGUCGGCAGGAAACGGCAGCACCAGCGCCGGGUCGGGAGGCGGAGUCGUGGUGGAUCUGACUCUGGAUGACUCAUCAGAUGAAGAAGGAGGGGGCGGAGCUGAGGACAGCGAGGACACAGAUGACAGCCAGGACAGCCCCGCCCCUAAACGGGGCAGAUAUGAUUAUGACAAAGACCUGGUCACCGCAUACUGAGGCCGGCAGGACAAUAAGACUUGUUGGGGGGGUGGGAUGUAGAUGGGAUCUGAGCCUUGGAAAGUCAAGAGACGUGUCCCUAUGUCCUCUCCCAAAUGCAAACACACUCAUGCACGCACACAGACAUGCACAUUCAUGCGCUGCUGACCUCUGGAGCAGUCGGGCAUCACAUUGACAAGCUCGUAGAUGCCCUGCAAAGCCAUUCCCAAUCAUUCACUGCAUCUUAAUACUGUAUUCUCCCUUUAAAGACCAUGGAAGAGUAACACCACCUUCAGUUCUACUCCUAUCAUCAUCUACUUCCUCUCCACUUUGUGUUCUGACAGGUUUAACCAUCCUGGGCAUUUAAGAUCUUGCCAGUUUUAGUUUUAUACGGAGCUGUUCAGGCCUUCAAAACAUUGUGAGACAAGUCACAGUAUCUCAAAAACCUUCAUUCCUUCGGGCUGAGAUCAUCCAACCAUUUGCAACCUGUUUAGAGGCGUUUUCUGUUAGUCCUCCACAUAGGAUGUUUAUGUUAGGUGUUCGUUUUAAUGAUUUGGAGACAUUACUGAUGAAAUUUCCAACUCAAAUAUUUUUUUUUUUUGUCCACAGAAGUUGACAAGCUACCUCAGUCUAACAGCGAACUUGACCAGAGGUUUUUUUUUUUUUUUAGUUUUUUUUUUUUUUCAAUCCCUCUUUGUUUUUCAUGUGCAGCAACACUGGAGAGGCCUCAUGCAUUGCUCUUUAUUUUGUGCUUGCCCAUUUAGGCAUCAUAUUAAAAACUGUUCUGACUCGAGCAAAGAGUUUCUGUUCAAGUCUGUCGGUCAGCUAGUGUAUACUGACUGAAUAUAGGGCGCUAAUCAACACUCAGUACACAAACAGAACACAAACAAAGCGAGUAAAUCGUGUACGAAUGUGUUAUGAUCAUUUCAUGGAAAAUUGCUGUCUGUACAAGGCUGCUGGAGUCAUGAUUACUCAAAGGCAGAGCGAUAAAUGAGUUGGAAGAGAGGACAAAGUGUUGUUUUAGGUUUCUUUUAAACACGACUGUAGUGAAUGAUUAGGUUUAUCAAGCAGGGGAGCUGACGUUGUUGGCAAAAUAGCUAAAAUUGAUUUGCCUGAACUUUUGUUUUUUAUUUAUUUUAUUUUUUUCCUCACUUUACAAUUACCAUUUUUCUUCCUGAGUUUAGAUGAAUGGCUGAUUUGUUUGAGCCCAUUGUCUGGAGGAUGUUUGUGUUCAUUUCAGCCGGUCGAGUUUGUUUUGUGGACUCCACAGCAGGCGCAGACUUGACAUGCUCUUUAAUUUGUCGUCAGAACAUGUAUUUAUUGAUUUAACAGUUUUUGCCUCUUAUUUGAAUUAAGUUUGGUGUUUUUGUGCUUUUAAUGAGGCGUUUCGCAGCAAUCUCUCGUGUUUCCAGCGUGUUGCUUUGUGAUGGUAGAUAACGCUGUGUCCUCUCACUGUCGUACGUGCACAUUCAGCCAUUUCCAACAGUCCCAACACAAGGGGGCUUAGUCAGGACUAUGCAGACUUGACCUAAACCUCGGAAGAACUAAACUCCCGCUAAACGACCAAACACAAAAAGACACAUACAGAUGGCUGAUCUUGAGGAGGACUCAGGGAUGACGCGUUCUACUUUUUCUUCUCGGUCAAACUUGACACUCGAACCAGGUUCCAGCAUCGUGUACAAUAUUACCUUCACCGUCAGGUCGCAUAGGGCAGUCUAGGUUUCUGGUCUGGAAAUUAAGAUGUACUAUUCAAGGCAUAUGAAUAUUGCUGUAUAUAGCAUAUUUUGGUGUCCUUCCAAGGUUUCAGAGAAAAUCCUUGUAUUAAGCUUACUAGUGGUCGUUUAAAAAAAAAAUUUCUUCAUACUUUUUUCAAGUAAUCCUGAAUUCUGACUUGAAUACUCAGUACUGUAUCCUAUCUGUGGUUGGGAAUUUCUCAAAAUAAUAAUGCCACCAUGAAGGGUUAAAUUACUUGUGAUUUGUCUUCCAUCUUCUCUUCACGAUAGCCCUUUUUUUUUUUUUUUUGUUUCCCCCUUUGUUUCUUUAUAAUUCUAACGCGUAAACAGUGCUGCAGUUGACCGUUUCGGCUAAUAAGCCCUUAAAGUAGUAUGUUCCCCUUAAACUUGACCACACUUUUGUGAUUUUUCACAUUAAAGGUAAGAAACUUCUUAAAUAGACUUCCAUCUUUAGAAGCCUAGAACGAUCUAUUAGAUGUGGAUGAAAUGUACAUUUGCUUACAAUGAGAAGAUAAAUGGAUGGUGAUCGAUGACGAUGUAUUACCAGCUCAGAGAUGAAGCCAGGAGAGGCUGAAGAGGUUUUUUUUUUUUUUUUGGAAUGGAGGCAUCCCGUCUUAUUACAGUGCUUAAGACAGCAUGGGCAAUGGCUUGCAGUUCUUGAUGUAAAUGUUUUGUUUGUGUCUUUUAUAUGUUCAUAUUAAAAGCCAAUAAAAAAAUAAUAAUAUUUUAUCAAGUUUUGAAUUGCCUCCAGUUGCUCCAGUGUGUGGGCACAGAUUCAUUGUUAUUGGCUGCUCUCAACCCUUCCUGAGGAAAAUGUAAAUCUGUGACCUAAAGUGGGAUUUCAACAGGAGCGAAUCAGUUGUCCCUGUCUGAACUGUACAAGCUCUAAAACUUGUCAAUUAUUGUGUGCAAUUAAACUGAUUUAAAAUAAA